GUCUUACGUUCGCGCUUCGCGCACCCGCCGAGGGUCUGUCAACGGAAGAAUCAAUCAAAACAAACAUUGUUAUUUUUAGUGUCGGUGCUUCGCGGGGAGGCGCUAUUCGCUAACCAGCGGACGGCGCGCUACGACGCCGGCAGUGCGCAGUUUCGCUACUCUUCUAAACAAGUUACUCGAGGCACGAGCCAUGUUUUCGCCCUCUGAUUUGAUGAAGCGUGUCGGCGUGGGCGGCGGGCUGGUGCCGUUCUUCAAGUGUGUGUGCGUGUACUUCCUGGCCGCCAGCGGAGCGCCCAGCGCCGGCGCCGCGGCCGCCAAGUGCGCGCCGGUGUUGUGCCUGCUCGCGGCCGUGCUGCUGCUACAACCGGGGCCCCCGCAACCUGCUGACCCUGACCCUGACCAUGAUAAGGAGAGACGGCGUUACGCGCGGCGCAUCGCCCUCGGGCUGGCGCUCUCGGCCCUGGGCGACGCCCUGCUGGUCUGGGAGCAGCACUUCGCCGCCGGCAUGGCGGCCUUCGCUCUCGCGCACGUCGCCUACAUGAGCGCCUUCCGCGCGCGAGCGGCCCGGCGCCGCGCCGGCCUGCUGCUCUACGCCGGCGCGGCGGCCUACUGCGCCGCCGUCACGCCGCCGCCGGCGCUGGCCGUGCCCGUGCCGCUGUACGCGGCGCUGCUGGUGAGCAUGGCGUGGAGAGCGCUGCGCACGCUGCCCGAGAACACGUGUGCGCGGUCGUACGCGGCGCCCGCCGGCGCGUUACUCUUUGUCCUCUCUGAUGCGUUGCUAGGUUACUCUCUAUUCGGCGGUCCGCUGCCGUACCGCCGGGUGCUGGUGAUGUCGACGUACUACUUGGGGCAGCUGGGGCUGGCUCUGAGCGCGUUGCUGCCGCCCCCCCUCCCGCUCUCCACACAAUAAACUUCUCUUCCGUUAAUGUUAUGGAGCGUUGGUCCUAAUAUUAGUAGCUUGGUUAUUUUUAAAGCUUUAAUAGAAAGUCAGUCAUCUUUCGAUCCUACUUUGAGACAUAUCAGAUGAUCCCUGAAGCCUGCAAUAAGACCGCCUGUGUUGUCUGCCUCUAUAUGUAAUCAAUUGAUUUUAUUCUGAAACUAUGUGCAAUCAAGAGUUCCAGUAUCAAAGGGGAGAUAAGCUCUCUAUGCAACAUUUGGCUUGAUAUGUACCACAGAACUUACGCCUUAUUCAUUACUAAAUAAGGACGGAAUUAAUAUAGCAAAAAAUAACCAAUCUACUGAGAGGCCAUGGUGUUGGGUAGAUGUAAGCGUCCGUCGGACGGGACGGCGACCGGUCUGUGAUAUGUGCUCGGCUCUUAUUGGAUGUUUUAGUCCUCUUUACCUAUAAUAUAUUUUGUAUUUAAGUAUAACAACAUUUAACUGGUCAUCGUGGACCUUGUGCCAUCGCAAUAAGGUUUACAAAGUGUCAGUUAACUAACAAUGUGGACGAUGGAAAUAAAAUGGAAAUAAUGGACGCACAUGUCGGCCUUCUAAGCUAACUUUGCACCGACUUUAAACUUUGAGGGAUAUGUGUCAUCAUAAACGUAUAAUGACACAUAUCCCUCAAAGUUCAAAAUUAAAAUAUGACGUUUCAUAUUUUCAUAGAAAUUUGACAUGAUGACUUCGUCACACUUUGUCAUUGCAAAUGGCAUGCAGAGUUAGUUUAGUCCGACUCUGUGUCCGUGGAUCCCAUUCGCUGUUAAAAUUACAAUAUGAUCUGAAAUUUCAUAGAUGUCGAGUUUAAAAAAUUGUCUUAUACCUACUUAUUUUUUGAAAUGUGUGGGCACCUUGUAAGCCUUUGUAUGCAUUUGAUUACAAUUAGAUGUUAUUAGGCACACUAUUCGAAAGCACAAUAUGCGAAAGGGAAUUUCUUUAGAAAUUGUUAAGUUUUUGAAACAGGAAAUAUGGAUAUUCACUCGUGCCAGUUGUUGUACUGUUGAAAUCUCACUCAACGCGGUGGAAUUAGCAUUUUUCAGGCAGCUCUGUUAAGUAUAAAAGUUAUUAGUGUUGUUAAUUAUGUUUCGUGUAUAUAAAGAAGUGAUCUGUUAGAACUGAGUGCAUCAUGAACGAGCUCUUUACGAGCGUUGUUCCCAAUCUUUGUAUGUAGUCUGUAUGUGCAAGUUGCGAAACUUUACAACAAUUUAGAUAAUUCUUCUUCUGUAAAACUGCAUAAGAAAUAAGGUCAAUGUGGAGAAGACCGCCAUAGUUUUUGUUGGAAAGACUGUCAUAGGACGUAGUCGCUCAGGCACAGUCAGAACAGUCUUUCCGUAAGUGGAGUACGUGUUACAAACGCAACAGUUAGAAGCGAUAACAAAGAAAUAACUUACAUACGGUCUUGUCUUAUUCCCCAAAUUGACUUUAAGGAAUUGUCAAAAUUUUCCGGGAACUUAUCCAAAGUUUUGGGAAUCCUUCCCCAAUUUACACAUCUGCGAUGUAGAGUAUAUACCUAUGUGUUGUAAGUAGUGUGUCGGAGCGCGAGGCGCCGCCGCGACCCUUCCAAGGCGGCGGCGCGCGGCGCGGCCAAAUGUAGUUACUGUAGCCCUCAGCCCGCCUACCCUAGACGUAAGCUAACUUUAUCGAUAUAGACUGUCUCCUAAUCAUAACAAUCUCACUCGUGGAUCUGCGAACUAAACAAACAUAUCUGGAAAUGUAUUUUUCUAUUCGCGGUAGAGGAGUAGAUUUUUCAAAAUAAGCACGAUUUCAAGUAUCAAGUAGUUGGAGUAUGCUGUUUCAAGAUUCACCGUAAUAUCGAUGUUACCAGUACUCACAUACGACAGACUUUAAAACAAUUCGUAAUUUUGAUCAAUUUUAUCUCAAUUAAAGUAAAAGCAAAUAAAAAACGUUGACCUAGAUUAUGUGGUCCAUGGAUCAUAUACAUAAUGACAUUUAUUAGGUGUGGUUAUGGUUAGUGUAUGUUAUAUAUAUAUUUAAUAAGUGAAUUCCUUAUGUAGAGUAAGCGUAGAAUAGGGGAUGUGCAAUUUUUAGAACAUUGUUUAAGCAAAUCAUAUUUUAUUAUAAUGUUAUCUGUACGUGUUAUACAUAUAAAAUAAACGGAGAAGGUUAAA